UGUGUGUGAGAUCAUCUUUAAGUGGUAGGCAUCACAACACUUCAGCAUCCUUUAUUUUUUAAAAGAUCGGAUCGUUGCUAUUUAGGACUUCAGAAUUCUUUUAAUUCAGAUAUUCAUUCACUAAUGCAGGACAAGAAAGAGGCAGGACAGUAGAAAUUGUGUGGGAGAGUAAAGUUAGUUCAAAUAUUGAAUAGCUAGCUAUAUGUUCUAUACUUUAGCUAUAUUAUGUCCCUUGAUUUUUAAGACAACAGUAUGAUGUAGGUGAUCUAAUUAUCCCCAUUUUUACAGAUAAUCUCCAGAUAUAGAGAGGUAACUUGCCUGGGCCACCCAGUCAAUACACAGCAAAGCCCCAUACAAAUCUGGCCUGUUUGGUUCUAGACUCUGAGCUGUUUUCGAUUUUGUGCCUAGGUAAACACUUUUGAGGAAAAAAAAAAAAAUCCAGAUUUAAGAAUUUUUGCUAACCUUCUUAAGGGCAAAUUACCUUUACGGGCAACUCAAAACUACUUUUAGUUUUGUUUCAUUUUGCCGUUUUGUGUGUGUGUGUGUGUGUUUUUUUUCUUUAACCGAUAACCCAAUCUAGACGGAACCUAAGGUGCAAAAGGAAUCCAGGGAGGCGGAGGGGGAGAAAGGGAAAGGUAGGUGGUGGUCGCAGGAUGUUGCCUACGAUUAGAGGCCCAGUGGAUUCUGGGAAUUGUAGUCCCGGACAUCCAGGGCAUUGCCGUUUAGGGCUACGGGAGAACCUGACUCUGCUCCCAGAAGCCUCUGGUGUACCUCGCUGGGAACGCACUUCCUGGGACGCUGAGAGGGAGACGCUCCAAGAGGCUCCUCAGUGUGGGCGAGUAAAAUGCCCUGCGUGUGAGAAGCAGGCUCAGAUUAUUGCUACUGUGUAUUCAGAACUGCAUGUGUUUCUUCUAAGUUGAAUAAAGCUGUUUUGGAACUAUCAGGUACCUCAACGGUCUGACUGACAGCACUCCACAAGCUUGCCUGCCAUGGGCUGUCGGGAUGUCCACGCAGCCACAGUCCUUUCCUUCCUGUGUGGAAUUGCUUCAGUAGCAGGCCUCUUUGCAGGGACUCUGCUUCCCAACUGGAGAAAAUUACGAUUGAUCACAUUCAACAGAAAUGAGAAGAACCUGACUGUUUACACAGGCCUGUGGGUGAAAUGUGCCCGGUAUGAUGGGAGCAGUGAUUGCCUGAUGUACGACACUACUUGGUACUCAUCAGUUGACCAGCUGGACCUGCGUGUCCUCCAGUUUGCCCUACCCCUCAGCAUGCUGAUCGCAAUGGGUGCCCUGCUGCUCUGCCUGAUUGGAAUGUGCAACACUGCCUUCAGGUCCUCGGUACCCAACAUCAAACUGGCCAAGUGUCUGGUCAAUAGUGCAGGUUGCCACCUGGUGGCUGGGCUGCUGUUUUUCCUGGCAGGUACUGUGAGCCUCUCCCCAUCUAUCUGGGUCUUCUUUUAUAACAUCCAUCUGAACAAGAAGUUUGAGCCAGUCUUUUCGUUUGACUAUGCAGUGUAUGUCACUAUUGCUAGUGCUGGGGGCCUGUUUAUGACUUCCCUUAUACUGUUUAUUUGGUAUUGUACAUGCAAAUCUUUGCCUUCUCCUUUCUGGCAACCACUGUAUUCCCAUCCACCCAGUAUGCAUACUUAUUCACAGCCUUAUUCAGCACGCUCUCGCCUCUCUGCCAUUGAAAUUGACAUUCCAGUAGUUUCACACACCACUUAAUGGGGAAAUAGUUAAUUGUUAAAACUUCUUGUAGCCUCACAUUCCCCUUGUGCAAGGAGCUCUUUUGGACCUGUAUACAUUUUCCUUUGUUUUUGACCAGUCAUUGAAGCCAAAUUUGUAUGUCCUGGUAGAAUGAAGUGCUGCUAGUUUUUAUGAGAAGUACGUUAUAUUAAAUGUGAAUUUUUUAUUUUGCUUCUUAUACUGGAAGAAAUUUUAGCCUUCAUAUUGAUAUCUAAUCAAUUAUUUAAGUCGGAAAGGCCUGCAUCACAAUUGAGGUGAUUUAGAGGAACAUGUUAAAGAAUGUUGGUUAACAGAAACUCUUGUAUACAGUCUUCAUGAACAUUUCAGUGUGUAUUUUUCUUUUUCUACAAUACCUUUAACUGCAAAAAAAGAAGCAGUUUCAAAUAUAAGAAAUUUAUUUCAGGCAAAGGUAAUAUUUUAAUAGUAGUCAAUAAUCUAGCUUAAGGUUGUAACUCUUCUCUUUUGGGGCUAAUUGUAUGAAUAGGUGUCAGUAUGUUGAAAAUUACUUUUGUGGGUUUCUUCUACCUCAUGCCAGUGUUUCAAAGUAAACUGUAUUUUGAAUGAUGUUAGAAUAAGACUAACAUUCUAAAUAUCUACUACUUAUAAAUGACAUGUAACAAUUUUAACAUUAAUGAUUCCAUAAAUUACAUUAUUGGGAUUAAACUGUGCUUUAUGACAGGUUAGUAUUUCCUCCAUGAAAAUCCUUUUUUGGAGAUAUCAUUCGUCAAGCAGUACUCAUGCCCAUAUACAAUCUCUUACUGGCUAAGAGAAAUAAAUAAAAGGGCCAUAAUAGUUUGUUCUCUUUCACACAUAAUUUAGUAUGGGACAAGAAGUCUGUUCUUCAGUGACUACACUAGAGAUUUACUCUGGUAAUUGCCUUUUGAGUUAUGGGUGAAGUAAGGUAUGGCCUUAUCAUAACCUUGAUUCAUUCACCCUUGAUUAAUUUCCCACCCCCAUCACUGAUUAUUUCCUUGAGCAUAUAUCUCUGCCUAACACUUUAGUAGGUGCUAUAGAGGAUACGUGAGAAGUAUGAGAUUGGUCCCAUCCAGUAAGACAUUUUAAUAGAGAAGAUCAAAAUGUUACCUGACAGUUGGGGAACAGUCUAACUUCAUUGGCAGUUGGCCUUAACUUCUUAAUCAUUAAUCCAGGAAUAUAUUUCAACCAGAAACGCGAAUUUCUGGCAAACAGACAAAUUGUACAAUACCAACAAUAUCCUGGACCUUGAAAUUCUGUUUACUUCAGUCCAUUGUAUCCUUAAGGCACCUGUGUUAGCCUAGAUUUUGUAAUAACAGUCUUUUAUGAGAAUGAGCAAAGUGGUAGAGAAAUUAAAUUGUUCCCUCUCCACUUCUGAAAGUAUGAUGAUGUAUUAAGGAAGGAGGAGUUAUUAAAAAUAUCUCUUCUGAUGAGGUAACAAUUAGAUGAAACCAUGUUAAAACUGAGAUGAACACUUAGAAAUUCAGGGAUAUUGGGUCUUUAGCCUUAUGAAUUUGAGCUGCUUAUUUAAUUGGUGUAAUUUGCUACAUAUUAGUACUAUAUUCAUAAGGAUUUUUUAUUAAUCAUUACAGAUUUUACAAACAGUUGUAUGGUAAACAGAUUAUUAUACUUUUUGCAAAUCUAAAUAUGAGUCUAGAUAGUAUUUGUGUAGAUGUAUUUGGUACUUUCUCCCCUAAUUCCAAUACUAGUUUAUAUAUAUAGCAAAUAAAUCUAGUUGUAUACAUUUUUAAAUACCAUCAGUAGAAAGCACACAACCCUAUGUUUUUUUUAGUUAAUAGCUUCUGAUUUCUUUCACUUUUCACUUUUCUCAGAUGUAGCGGAGUCUUGAUCAUUUUAAGACAAUGGUGGGUAGAAUUUUGAGAUUAUUAUUACUUUUCCCUUUUUGUUAAUUAAUUUCAGUCCUCUCUCACUAUGCUUUUGUCCAGAAGGAUCAAGAAUUCUACCAUCCCCUGGGUCUUUGUGUAUAAACAAUGUUAAAGAAAGGUGGACACAGCUAUUAAGAUAUUAGACAGAUUUUUUAGUCCGUGGGAUUGUACAUAUAAACAUUAAGCUUUCCUAUAAGAAUCUUUUGGCUUUGUAAUCUUUAGUUUCAAAUUGGUAUUUAUUAUGGAUUCACUAGACAAACAGCUGUUUCUUUAUUGUCUUUUUCCUUUAGUGUUUCUGAUUUGCUAUCAGUAGCUAUUUUUAAAGCAAUCAAAGGAAAAUAAUUAUUUACAGUUUUUGAAGUCACUUUUGAGCCUUCAUCAAGCUCUCAUUGUGACGGGAGGGAUACCUUUUGUUGUUAAAAGCCAAUUAAUGUUAAAGGCCUUUUAUAGAAGCCAACUUGGAAAACAACUUUAAAUGUGGAUGUAUCAGACUUGAUUUAUCCAGCCAUGGGAGAGAAAACAAACCUAAGUUUACUUUACUUGUACAUACACACUACGAUGGAUAGUAUGUUUGCUGUAAACUACAAUGUAAAACCUCAAUAAAAGUGCACUGUACUUCUUGAUGUUUAUUAAAAGAUGAUGUAUUUUUACAA